AUGGUGUUUAAGACACUCCAUCUAGCACGCCAGAGUCUCGCAAAGACCUUCACCCACGGUUACGCUCAAUCCGUCGUCGCGGCCUCGCAGUCCUCAUACGCUUCCCAGAACCACUCCUUUGGCAACUUUGCCAGCAGAUUCAAGUCUGGUCCUGCCCAGAACUACCCUGCCACCAAUCAGCACGGCGUCAAGGUCUCGCACCAUGAUCACAACGACUCUGGUCUAGCCGCAUACUAUGCCGCGUGGCAGAAGCACAAUGACAAAGAGUGGUCGCAGUUUCAAUUCACAAAGAGGAUAGAAUGGAAGCCAGAACCGCCCUCGUCCAAGGCCAAGGCCACUGCUGUUGAAGAUGUCGACGAUAUCGAUCCCGAAGAUGUUGCUGUCAGAAGCGGUGUAAAUCGUGCGUACAGUACAAGUGCUGUCGAUGACUUCAGGAAGGUGGUUGGUGAUGAUGGCGCAGAGGCUGCCGCUCUCGCUCGGGUUGAUGAAGCAAUUGCGGAAGAGGUGGCCAGAUCGAAGGACGAUUCCAUCUCUGUCGCGUCUCCCAAGUCCCCUGGAAGUGUUCAAGAAAGCACGUCGGAUCGCUCGGCAUCUCCCGCAUCAAUCUCUACUGCCCCCUCUUCCACUUCAUCCGAGGCCGAACAAUUCGUCCAACACCUGGUGCAACUCGCCGAGAACAAGCAGUAUGCAGAGAUUUCCGUCGUGUUUGAGGCCAUGCUGAAGGCUGGCAUCAAACCACCGUCCUCGGCCUACAACAUCCUCCUCACCGCUACCAUCAACACCCCAAGGGCCAAGCAUCAGGUUGUGCCCAAGGCCCUCGAUGUCUACUCGGACAUGCUCCGUCGUCGCGUUACCCCAGACUCGUCUACAUACGCCACCUUGAUUGAAGUGCUUUCCGUCCGGUCGCUCGAUGUGGUUGCUGGCAAGCAAGCGCUCGAGGAGAAGCGCGCCCGCUACGGCGGAAUGGAUGAGCCGGGAAAAUUCAUGUUUGAAUCAAACGAGGCUGAUUUCGAGAUCCUUCGCGAAGACGACUCUGUCGGUAUGGCUGUCAAGGUUUUCGAUGCUGCAACGUCGUCCAAGGCAAAACUUGCAUUCUCGGAGCGAACUUACCGCAUGUUGGUCAUUGCCUGCGCCGAAGCCGGCCACAUGGAACACAUGGUUCGCGUCUUCGCACAUAUGGAGAACCACAAUGUCUUGCCCAGUCCUGACAUGUUUGUGUCCAUGAUCCAGGCGUUUGGCAAGUCCGGCGAUCUUCGCAGUGCUGUAGAGUGUUACGACGAGUACAAGAACCUCGCCAUAUCACAUGACAGCGGGAAGAUCUCCAUCUCCCGAAAAGACAACGAAGUAUACGCGUCUCUCAUCAAGGCGUACAGCAUCUGCGACAGGCUCGAAGGUGCCUCCGAAUUCAUGGACAAGAUUGAAGCCAGUCUCGUUCAGGAUGAGCAACUUGUGCGCCUACGCGAUGUAGUCGGCUUGAAGGCGCUUGUCCCACAAUGGCUCAAGGUUGGCUCAUUCGAGCAUGCCAUGACCUGGUCCACUCAAUACCUCAGCCCACAGGCUCGUGUCACGGCAUUCGCUGCAAUUUGUAUUCGUGCUGCGGAUGUGGACAACAUCGACGCUGCAAACAAGGCCUUUGAUGCCCUUCCGGAGGAUGUGGAUCUCAGCGGUCCCGCUAUGGCUAUGGGUGCAAUGAACAUCCGGGCUGGCAACGUCGAACAAUCGGACAGAUUUUGGAAGGUCCUUGAGGUCGCCAGCACCAAGCCACAGUUUAUCGAGGCGACUGCCAUGCAUGCGAUUGCAUUGAUCGGUAGUGGCCAGGCCGAACGCGGUCUGCGCCAGGCCAGGCAGAUGAUGGCCCGCAUUCGAGACUCGCAGUCUUCGACAAGCCAGUCCAAGAUUGACGUCGUCGAGCAGAUUGACGAAGCCAUUGAGGUCUUGGGCCACUUCAUGAUCAAGCGUGGCAUCGUACUUCCUGCGAAGGCCAGUAUGGAGCUCAUGUGGUCCAUGAUUGAAAACGGAGGCCUUGUCGCUCCCGUUGCCGGCCACCUGCUCGCUGGUCUUGGACCUGAGGGCGUCGCUCAACUUGGCUGGGACGAUCUCUCCCUCCUUGUACAGGUGCAGGCCGGUAUGCUUCUGAACUCUUCGACCAUGGACAUUGCGAACUCUGCUCGCCUUGCUCAUCUCCUCGAGGUAGUCAUGAUGACUGGACUGCCUUGCGACAACGCGACCACUACCGUGGUAGAGAAAGCCCUGAUGAAGCUUGAUCGCCCUGACAUCUCUCAGCGAUGGCAGACAUACAGAUACCCUGUCGCUGUCCCUGCUUACAGUCCCGCACCUUACCCAAUCAUGGGUCAAGCCCCGCCAGCUCCCGUACCUGUCGCCCCGUAUGAAGACAAUCAUGACCCUUAUGCCGCCACUACCGACAACAAGGGCUCUGUCGCCAUCACGGACCUUCUUGAGAAGACGUACGGAGAGUAUUCCUCCCAUCUCAACGAGGCUCUCUCCAAGUUCAAGAACAUCCGACGAGCUGGCAGGCAUCCACGAUUCUUCACCUACGCAAAGUUGAUCACUGCCGCUGCCAAGGAGAAUCGGUUCAACCUUUGCCAAGACAUUCUCGCUCUCGCCAAACAAGAUGUCCCACUACUGCCCCAGUACCGCAUCGUCCGCUACGGAUGGGUCACCAUCCUAGAUGCAAUGGUCGCUGCCUCCCUCACGACCGGCCAACGCCAACUAGCUGCAAAAUACCAUCAAGACCUUCUCGACCUCGGCGCCGCCCCUUCUGCAAACACUUUUGGCCUAUACAUCACCACCCUCAAGGAAUCCACAAAGACGUUUGACGAGGCCACCGAGGCUGUCAAGAUUUUUCUGCGUGCAAAGUCCGAGGGUGUUGAGCCGUCCUCGUUCCUAUACAAUGCCUUGAUUGGCAAGCUCGGCAAGGCGCGACGUAUCGACGACUGCUUGUUCUACUUUGCCGAGAUGCGCAAUCUUGGUAUUCGUCCUACCAGUGUCACCUACGGGACGAUCGUCAAUGCUCUCUGCCGCGUCAGCGAUGAGAAGUUUGCGGAAGAACUCUUUGAGGAGAUGGAAAGCAUGCCCAACUACAAGCCCCGCCCGGCACCCUACCACAGUAUGAUGCAAUUCUUCCUGACAACCAAGCGUGAUCGCAGCAAGGUGUUGGCUUACUACGAGCGCAUGCGUGCCAAGCACAUUGAGCCAACCACACACACAUACAAGCUCCUCAUCGACACUUAUGCGACUCUCGAGCCUGUCAACAUGGACGCUGCCGAAGCCGUUCUCCGCGACAUUCGCAGCUCUGGUGUUGCCCCAGAGGCUGUACAUUACUCUUCUCUGAUCCACGCAAAAGGCUGCGUCCAGCAUGACAUGGAGGGCGCAAGGAAGCUCUUCGACGAGGUGCUCAACGAGACCGACAUCCGCCCUCAAGCAUGUCUUUAUCAAGCAUUGUUCGAGUCCAUGGCCGCCAACCACAAGAUCGCCGAGACUGACGCCAUCCUCCGUGGUAUGAUCUCUCACCGCGUGGAGAUGACUCCAUACAUUGCCAACUCUCUCAUCCAUGGCUGGGCUAUGGCCAAGGACAUUGAGAAGGCAAAGGCAAUCUACGACAUGGUGCCCGCUGACAAACGUGAGCCUAGCACCUACGAGGCCAUGACGCGUGCAUAUAUGGCCGUCGAGGACCGUACCAAUGCUGUCUCCAUCGUCAACGAGGGUCUGUCCCGCGGCUAUCCCGCUGCUGUUGCAGGAAAGAUCAUGGAGCUCGUUGGUGGCGGCCGGCCCGCUGGGUCCAUGACGGAGGCCUCUACCUAA